UGCAUAGGACACAUGUAUAUUAUCCCUUCCAGAAGCCCUGGCCUUCAGCUGCUUCUCCGAACUCAUGAAGCGCAUGAACCAGAACUUCCCCCACGGAGGAGCCAUGGACACCCACUUCGCCAACAUGAGGUCCCUCAUCCAGAUUUUGGACUCGGAGCUCUUCGAACUGAUGCACCAAAAUGGCGACUACACUCACUUCUACUUCUGUUACCGGUGGUUCCUCCUCGAUUUCAAGAGAGAACUGGUUUAUGAAGACGUCUUCGCUGUCUGGGAGGCGAUCUGGGCGGCGGUGCACAUCUCCUCGGCGCACUUCGUCCUCUUCAUCGCCUUGGCUUUGGUGGAGGUCUAUAGGGACAUCAUCCUCGAGAACAACAUGGACUUCACCGACAUCAUCAAGUUCUUCAAUGGUAAACGGAGGACGUUAAUUAUAACAACGAUA